UUCAUAGGUAAUAGAUAUAAUGUUUUUAUAUCAUGGUUUGUAUUUGUAAUUAUUAAAUUGAUAGAUAUUCUAUUAUUGGUUCUAAUUCAGUUUCACAAUAAAACUAUCAGGGACACCAGGGACACAUCUUAUUAAUUUAGAUUUUGCUAAAGUUUAGCAGUGCUCAGGGUACCUUGCAUUUACAUAAACAGAAGCUGGUGGUGUCAUACUUCCCCUGUGAAAAUCAUGAAACUAAUGCACAGAGAGGUUAGUUUAUUUGUUGAUGCCCAUACAGGUAGGGAGAGAGCCUGGAAGUGUAGCAGGCACACUACAGAUCCAGAGCCCAUGUUAUCCAUUGCUGUACUGUUUUACCUGAGUUCCUUGUACGCAAUGACUGGGAAAUGCAGAGUUGUAAUUUGGUCACUGCAGUCAUUGCAUCCCUGUUACUGCAGAUGGCAUUUUCAAGUAAGAGCAACUAAUUUGGAAAUCUUCAUUUGAUCAUAAGAUAUAAGAAAUAAUACAAAGUCGGUGAGAGAAAGAGUCAGGGCCAUACUACCAGCAACGUAGGUUGUUUGGAAAGGAAGGAUUCUGAUGUCAUGUAGUUCAAUCUUCAUAUUUCUAAUUAUGCAAAUGGAAACAUAUUUAUAUUUACACCUUGAUAGUGACUCAAGCCCAUGGCUUUUCACAGUGAGCCUAAACUUUUCCCUUGGCUAUGCUGAUUUUUUGAAUCUAUACACAUAAAUUGUAUUUUCAGUAUCCUCCUAAAUGUAAAUGUUACAUUAAAGGAAAUCAUACAUGUAAAAUAUAACUUCUUUAUAUGUUAAAAACCACACUCCUCUAUUUACUACUUAUCUCUUCAAUUCUGUUUUUAUCAGUUUUAGUUUCACUGAAGAUGUGCUUAAGAGCUAAUAAAUUUGUGUUCUGUUUAUAAUAUCAUUGCAGACCCUGUUCUCUUGAGCUUUCCAUUGAGACACAAUCCACAUAUAUUUAAAUGGGACAGAGAAACAAUGUCACAGAAUUUAUCCUUCUGGGUCUCACUCAGGAUCCAACUGGACAAAAAGCAUUGUUUGUCUUGUUUUUACUCAUCUACAUUGUGACAAUGGUGGGCAACCUGCUCAUCGUGGGGACAGUGGUUGCCAGCCCCUCCUUGGACUCCCCAAUGUACUUCUUCCUUGCUUAUCUGUCAAUCAUGGAUGCUGUUUAUUCCACUUCCACAUCACCCAAGUUGAUUAUGGACUUACUCUCUGACAAAAAGACUAUCUCAUUCACAGCUUGCAUGGGCCAACUCUUUACUGAGCACUUAUUUGGUGGUGCUGAGGUCUUCCUCCUGGUGGUGAUGGCCUAUGAUCGCUAUGUGGCCAUCUGUAAGCCCCUUCACUAUUUGACCAUUAUGAAUCGGCAGAUUUGCAUCCUUCUGUUGGUGAUAGCCUGGGUUGGCGGGUUUGCCCACUCUGUGGUUCAACUUAUUUUUGUGUCUAAUCUCCCUUUUUGUGGACCCAAUGUCAUUGAUCACUUUAUCUGUGAUAUGUACCCACUAUUGAGACUGGCAUGUAGUGACACUUACUUCAUUGGUCUUACUGUGGUUGCCAAUGGUGGAGCAAUCUGUAUGAUCAUUUUUGUCCUUCUCCUAAUCUCCUACGCAUUCAUUCUGAACUCUCUCAAAAGCUACAGUCAGGAAGGGAGAAGGAAAGCCCUGUCCACCUGCGGCUCCCAUAUCACUGUGGUUGUACUGUUUUUUGUUCCCUGCAUUUUCAUUUAUGUUAGACCAGUGUCUAACUUUCCCAUAGAUAAAUCAAUAAGUGUGGUUUUUACAGUUAUUACUCCCAUGUUGAAUCCAUUAAUAUAUACCCUGAGAAAUUCAGAGAUGAAAAAUGCUAUGCAAAAACUCUGGUGUAAAAAAGUCACUACAGGUAGAAUAAGAGUGCAUUCUCCACACUGAGCACUUCUGUUACAAUUCCUAAGUA